AUGAAACAGCAAUUUCAAUGGCGGCGAUAUCGAAUAAUGACAAUGCAAGUGUUACCAAUAUCGUGUGUCUUUCUAAUUUUCCCAUUUCCGUAUGUGAUCGUAGUUCUUCUUCAACUAUGUGGCUUAUCCGCUUCUAUAGGUGGCGCAUUUUUAUCAAUUGCAAGAUUCUCAUCUUAUUAUGCUUUACUAAUCUUUCCAAUAAUUGCAGUAGGAUCAUCAGCAGAGUUAAGACAAAAAUUCAAGAAAAUUUUACUAUUUGGACGACAAGAACGUGCGAUCGCUCCAACAAUGACGUUUAACCAACAGAUGAUGUAA